AUGGCGUGCAUCGAGAAAGGUUGGUUGCCACGCGUGGGGAAGAAGCACCACAAUGGGGAGAAAGAACAAUUCAUUAAACUUAUAAGAAAGUGGCGACAAACUAUCCAUGUCAAUGAGAAGGGAUGGACAGCCAGGCCCGAGCCCAUCCCCGGCCCAAUCAAAAAUUGUGCCACGAUUGGUUGCAUUCGGCCGCUCCAAGAUGAACUCCUGGAGGAGAUCUUCCUCCGCCUCCCCACCGCCGCCGAUCUCGCCCGAGCCUCCACGGCCUGCGUCUCCUUCCGCCGCGUCGUCGUCGGCCAUCCCUUCCUCCGCCGAUUCCGCGCCCUCCACCCGCCGCCUCUCCUCGGCAUCAUCUGCGGCGGCCUCACCCCGGCCCAGCCGCCCCACCCUUCCGCCGCCGCGGCAGCCACCCUUGCCGAUGUCAGCUUGUCGUGCUCCUUUCUCCCGCCAUCCAGCAACAGCUGGUGCCGCCGCGACGGCCGCGACGGCCGCGUCCUUUUCUCCGCCGCCCUCAAGGGCACCAGGGACGACUGCGACCGCCGGGAACUUGUUAGGGAGUUCGCUGUCUGCGACCCCCUGCACGGGCGCUACCUGCUUCUGCCCGCCGUCCCCGACCAUCUCGCCGGUCAAGUCCAUCCGCCCGACAUCAUGGAAUUCGAGCCCUUGCUUGCUCCUCCUGGCGACGAUGAGAAAUCAUCAUUCAGAGACUUCGGAGUGAUGUGCUUAGUGUGGUGCAAAACCAAGCUCCUCGUCUUCGUCUUCUCUUCCUGCGCCGGACAAUGGCUCCCUGAUCCUGUUACAUUCGACGUGCUUCGAGACCUGGAGGCGGCGCCCCGCCACUACGCCCACGGAUGCUUCUGUUGGCAUCUCUAUGUGACUGACAGCUUGCUCGUGCUCGACGCUCGCAGGAUGGAGUUCUCCGUCAUUGAUCUCCCGCCUCCACCUUGCCCUUAUCUGGGGGACCUGGCCCCCUAUCUGCGGGAGAUGACCAUUGUGGAGGCAGGAGAAGGAAGACUUGGGAUGCUUACUCUCUCUGAGCCUAGUGUAUGUCAUCUCUUGUAUGAAGAGCAGUAUAAGGAUGGGAACGGCACGAACCAGUGGCAAUCUAAGCCUGUGAUCUCUUUGCCGGCAAAUUAAAGCUACGGCAUCGCCGGUGUAGCUGCUGGUGGAUACUUACUCCUACACGGGUCACGUAGGGGUACUCAAGUAGCAGACUAUUUUACAUUGAAUCUACAAACUUUCCAGAUUGAGCGGUUCUGUCAGACCGAUUGUCUCAUAAUUGGCCCGCUGUAUGCCGGUCUCCCACCGUCUUUGU